AUGGUUCGCGGCGCCGAGUACGACAACGGAGUUCCCCAGUCCGACAACGCCAUCGAGGCCGGCCAGACCAAGGCCCACGGUGUUGGCAACGACAAUGCCCCUCUGAACCACACCCAGAAGGUUGCCCCUAUGCCCGAGGAGACUGGAUCGCAGCGCGACGUCUUCCCCGGUACCAGCGGUAUCGGCCACAACUCCGGUAGUGGCAAGGGCGGUCACGAUCCCAAGACUCUCGGCGAGAAGAAGGGUCUCGGUGCCCAGCCCGGCGUUUAA